AUGCCGAGCUUCUUCCAAUUCACACAAGGCAACGAGUCCAGAACCCGCCUCACGAGCGACGCCUCCCCUCUGCUUGGCCGCUUCCGCGCCGUUCCUCAGCAAAAUGACGUCCCCGGUCGCCGACGGCGCUCCAGCACUCUAGGCCUCUUCACGUCCAACAACCGCGGAAGCGUCUACGUCGGCUAUGGGGCUCUGCUUUCUGCUUCGGGUCCCGAAAGCUAUGGUAAUGACGGCACAAGGAGCAAUUGGGAGGACUUAAGCGCAUGGCAGAGGACGUGGCGUAAGAUCUCCGAUGUUUGGGUAGAGCCGAAGCAGAGUGCUGUCAAGGGGGUCGUCGAUGUUUGGUGGAGUCGAUAUGGGGUGCUGGUGUUGAUGCCCGCUGCUCUGGCCAUUGCGUGGUGCGCCAUACCGUUUCCCAAAUACUCAUUUCCCGACGAAGAUGACGACGACCAAGAUGAUCUCGGCCCAGGGUCCGGGCGUAAGAUACCUGGCCACGGCGAAGCAAGAGUGCAGAUUAAUUUUUGGUUCUUCCUCUUCGUAUACUACGCGUUCUACAACGUGACGGCCCUGAUAUGGAUCACCAAGGUCUUCAACUUAUACAGCUUGAAUUGGCUCUAA